ACUUCCUUUGAUUUGUUCAACUUUUUUCCUGAACGCGCACUUUAAAGCCAAAUCAAAAAGACAUUUCCUUUGAUUUUUUCUUUUGCAUUUCAAUUUUCAACGAACCUUCAACAAUGGCCAUGUCCAGCAUCGCCCGAAGAAAAUCAACCCUAAUUUCCAGAAACCUUUGCAACUCUACCGAUUCUCUUCGCUACACACUUUCUCUCUCUUCCUUCUCUCGUUACUUUUCUUCUGGAUCCGAUGAGAAUGAUGUUGUCGUCAUCGGUGGUGGUCCUGGUGGUUAUGUCGCCGCCAUUAAAGCAGCUCAACUUGGCUUUAAAACUACUUGUGUUGAGAAACGUGGUACCCUUGGUGGUACUUGCCUUAACGUUGGUUGUAUUCCAUCUAAGGCACUUCUUCAUUCUUCCCACAUGUACCAUGAAGCAAAACAUGCUUUUCCUGCCCAUGGUGUGAAGUUUUCUUCAGUUGAGGUUGAUUUGCCUGCCAUGAUGGCCCAGAAAGAUAAAGCUGUGAGUAAUUUGACAAAAGGUAUUGAGGGUUUGUUCAAGAAGAACAAAGUAAAUUAUGUGAAAGGCUAUGGGAAACUCGUCUCUCCUUCUGAAGUGUCUGUGGACACUAUUGAUGGUGGAAACACUGCUAUUAGAGGUAAACACAUAAUUAUUGCUACUGGAUCUGAUGUCAAGUCUCUACCAGGGGUGACAAUUGACGAACAGAAGAUUGUAUCAUCUACCGGUGCUUUGGCUCUAAAAGAAAUUCCUAAGAGACUUGUGGUUAUAGGUGCUGGCUAUAUCGGCCUUGAGAUGGGUUCUGUUUGGGGUCGAAUUGGUUCAGAGGUAACUGUUGUCGAAUUUGCUCCAGAAAUUGUUCCUACCAUGGACGGUGAAGUUCGUAAGCAAUUUCAGCGUUCCCUUGAGAAACAAGGUAUGAAAUUCAAGCUGAAGACCAAGGUUGUUGGUGUGGAUACCACUGGGGAUGGCGUUAAGCUGACUGUUGAGCCUGCAGCUGGCGGUGAGCAGACUAUUCUUGAAGCUGAUGUGGUUCUUGUUUCUGCUGGCAGGGUCCCAUUCACAGCUGGGCUUGGGCUUGAAAGCCUUGGAGUAGAAAUGGACAAGGGUGGGCGGAUUUUAGUCAAUGAACGUUUUGCCACUAAUGUUCCUGGAGUGUAUGCAAUCGGGGAUGUGAUCCCAGGACCUAUGUUGGCACACAAGGCAGAGGAAGAUGGUGUGGCCUGUGUUGAGUUCAUUGCAGGAAAGGAAGGACACGUGGACUAUGAUUUGGUCCCUGGAGUCGUAUACACGCACCCUGAGGUGGCUUCUGUAGGGAAAACUGAAGAGCAGGUGAAAACUCUUGGUGUUCCAUACCGUGUAGGUAAAUUCCCAUUCAUGGCAAACAGUAGAGCCAAGGCAAUCGAUAACGCUGAAGGACUUGUCAAGAUCUUGGCCGAAAAAGAGUCUGACAAAAUUCUCGGUGUUCACAUUAUGGCUCCAAAUGCCGGUGAACUCAUCCAUGAGGCAGUUCUAGCAUUGCAGUACGGGGCUUCAAGUGAGGAUAUCGCACGCACAUGCCACGCACACCCAACCAUGAGUGAGGCCGUGAAGGAAGCUGCGAUGGCGACAUAUGACAAACCCAUCCACAUUUAGAUUUCAAGAUUCUUGUUACUGUGAUCCCAAGUUUCGAUAAUUCCAAGAUUUUUCGUGCCAUUGCGGCAUGAACAAUGAUAAUCGUCUUUUUAGAAGCACCUACCGCAAUGGUUUGUCAAUACUCAAUACCGAUCUCAUUAGUAAUCAGUUUAUACUGAUUGAGUUGUGAGAAUGAAUCGCUAGGCGGUUCAUUAGUUUUUUGCGUUGAUACAUUGUCUCCAAAUGUUUAAUAAUUAUUCUUGAGAUUUGCUAAUAAUUGAAAUAUACAUUUUUAACU